AUGAAGUUUCCAUUGUCGGCGUGCCCGUUCCAGCCAUUAGUUUUGUCAGACAGUGAGAAAGAUAGUAUGAAGUCGAUCUCGGAUGACAUCCUGACCAAAACGAUGGCAGAAUAUGAACGCAUGCUGAUUCACGAAAACGGUGUCGUGGAUACCGAACGCUGGAAACUAAUCAAACGGAAGGAAAACCUUUCAGCUUAUCAGGAUCGCUGUGCACAUGUUGUGACCCGUCGGGCUUCCUGCAGCACUCUCAAGCCAACCAUCGAAGGUACAACAGAUUCGACUUUCUUUCCAUCCACGCCUGACCCAACUAAGCAGAGGUUACUGUGGCACGGCACAAUCAAUUGCGACCUUGAUGAUCUCAUGCUUGGAGGGAUCAACCAGAAUGCAGAUAUGUGGAAAGUCAAAUCGUCUUACGUGGAGGAUAACAGGCUGGACUACUUUGUCAUUUCGUCGAUCAAAAAGCGCACUGUUGACAAGCCAUUCGAUGGCUUGCAGGUCACGUGGACUGUCAAUGAUAUUGGGCCAGCUCUGGCAAAGCCGCUCAUGCGUCCUCGCGACUUUGUCUUUAUGGAAAGCACGGGUAUUACUCAUUCCCCGAUCACGGGCGAGCGAAUCGGCUACCACAUUUGCAAGUCGUUGAGGCUACCUGGUGUUCCUGAAUUGUCGGAUUACAAGCUGGUGCGCGGCAAGAUCGAGCUGUACCACAUCUUUCGACAAAAGAGCAAGGGAGUCGUUGAAGUAUACGUGCGUGCGCUUUGCGACUUACAAGGCGGAAUGCCGCCUACUAGCGUUCCUUUUUUCUCAGCCGAGGCAAUGUCCACGCUCUCGCUCACAGCCUUUUGUGCGGAGAGACACAAGGUGAUAUGGCUGCUCCAUACAAGCAUGGAACAACCGUGUGAGAGUGAGAAUUCGUCCCUUGAUAUAUGUAGUGUGUGCAUGAAAGGUUUAAGCAAGAGCUUGCUACCCUUCAUGAACAAGAAUUGCCAAAUAUGCUCCGGUCGCAUUUGCGCACGAUGCCGAAUUCCGAAAAAGUUGAGCUUCCUCAAUCGACGGACACGGGGUAUCAUCAAGAAGAACGUUGACAUUUGCACUCGCUGCGUACACACUUCUGCGCACAUGAAUGCUUUUACAGUUGCGCAGGGCGAGUUGGCGCUCGAGAAUCCGAUUUUCAUUUUCUAUGAAUCCGCGACUCAGCACGGCCCAUUUAACAAAUUGCUUAGCACUGCACAGCUCAGUUUCCGAUAG